GUUGUGUUGUGACAGCACAUAACAACAACAACUCCUAGCAUGUUAUCGGGAGUAGUUUUCUGAAAAUGUACGCUAAUGGCUACAAAUACUGGCUUGCCUACAAGAAAGGCACCUCAGGGUACUACCGGUGCUGUCGCUACAAAACAAACUGCCCGGGGCGGUGCGUUAUGGACGAGGACGGUGUCAUCCGGAACACCACCGUCCACAAUCACCCUCCGGAAGCGGAUCGCGUCAUCGUGGACCACUUCCGGAAGGUGCUAACGCAGCGAGCCGCCUCGGAACGAACGGAUCUGCACGUGAUCUAUCUGGAGGAGGCCACCAAUCGACAUUCGGAUGCUUCGCUGCUGUACACGUUCUCGCAGGCCGAGUCCUGCAUGCGGAAGGCUCGCCGGAAGCAGCAUCCUCAGGAACCGACGAGCAUUGCGGAGCUGAGGGAGUUUUUGGAGAGUUCAGAAUUGUUCAGGAUACACAGCGGGUCCAGCCGGGAAGCGUUCUAUCAGAGCAGUUUGGAGGUGCAGGACGCAACCUGUGUUGUGCUCUGGCAUAGCAGAACCGUGGAAGCGGUGGGAAAGAUGGACGAAAUUUACGUGGAUUGUAGCAGUUUGAAUCGGUAUCAUCUAGUUGUUGGUGUUGCGGGUCAUAGGAACAGCUGCGUUCCUGUGUUUUACGCGAUCAUGACUAACAAGACCUUCGCUGGGUUGGUUGCAAUCUUCUCGUACAUUCGAGAACGGCUUGGUUCUUUGGUAGAACACGCACUCAUCCUGACCGAUGCCGACUGUUUGGUUCAAAACGCUCUGGAAACGUCUUUUUCAGAGGCAACCGUUAAGAUUUACUGGUAUCACUACACGGAAGCGGUGUUGAGGCGAAUGCGCCAACUAGGCUUGGGUCGGGAAACCACCAAAGGACACUCGUGCAGUGCGUUGCGGAUGCUGCUGGUUCUACCGCUGCUUCCGGCCAACUACAUCACCCCCGGAUUGGAAGCUCUAAAGAAGUGGAUGCAGGACAAGCAGAUUUUUACGGAAAAAUUCUGCCACCUGUGCGACUUUGUGGAGCAAUCCUGGAUUGGAACCGUUGGCGCCAAGAAGCUGUCCAUGUUUGGUCAAAUGCAGAGCACUUCCGGUUCGGCAAAGACCUUUCUCAAAGAGCUAAGUAAUCAGGACAUCGCUCAAAGUAACACAAUCUGGCAAUUGCUGGAAAGCCUUACCCAACUGGCCACCAAACAUUUCGUGAAGCUUUCCAAACGCAACAAACGACCCCUGAACACCGAGCAGCCCGCAAAACAGCUGAAAAAACUGCAACAAGUACAAGUAACUGUCAUCAGCAACGCCACUCAGCAGUGGAUCAAAACCGCUGUCCAUCUGAGGAAUCCGCUGCAGUUCCUGCAACUCUGCAGUCAUUGCAUCAAUGACUCGCUGAUCAUGGAAUCGAUUCCGGGAGUACCUGCUAUGUCCGGUAGCAAAACGAAGGUGCCUUCUACGGUUGAGCUGGUUCAACAGGUGCAACAAACACCUCCUAUCGGCAUUCCAGCGAACGAUCCACCUCCGUUGGCGUUCUUUCCCAAGGUUGCGGUACAGCGGACUGAACGAGCGGUCCAAAUAAGCUACAGUCGGACGGAACCUCCGCCUCUGGUACCGAUUUCGACCUGUAAAAUUCCUCCAUGACCUAAUUAAGGAACUAAUCUUAAGAAACUGUGAUAUAGAAGUACACCGCAACAGUCUUAAAAAUUGUAUAUUUUAACGAAAAUAAAGUGCAUUGAUGAUCUAAACCA